AUGGCGCAUAUUUUGCUCCAUGGAACUUUACAUGUCACGAUCUAUGAAGUGGAUCAUCUAAAAAGUAGUGGAGGCCACUUUUUCCGUAAGCUAAUUGGUAUUGGCAGAGGAGAAAGUAGAAUCUAUGCAACUAUCGAUCUAGAAAAGGCUAGGGUUGGAAGGACCAGAAUUUUAUUUAAUGAGGCUUCCAACCCCAGGUGGUAUGAGUCUUUUCACAUUUACUGUGCUCAUAUGGCUUCAAAUGUCAUAUUCACUGUGAAAGAUGAUAAUCCUAUUGGAGCAACUUUGAUCGGUAGGGCGUACAUACCUGUUGAAGAACUCUUAGGUGGCCAAGAAGUUGAUAGAUGGGUUGAGAUCUUGGAUGAAGAGAAGAACCCUAUAGAGUCAAAGAUUCAUGUGAAGCUUCAUUAUUUUGAUGUAACAGAAGACCCUAACUGGUCUCGGGGUAUCAAAAGUUCCAAGUAUCCUGGGGUGCCAUUUACAUUUUUCUCACAGAGAAAAGGAUGCAAGGUUUCUCUGUACCAAGAUGCUCAUAUCCCAGAUAAUUUUGUACCUAAAAUUCCUCUUGCAGGAGGCAAGUUUUAUGAGCCACACAGAUGUUGGGAAGAUAUUUUUGAUGCAAUCACCAAUGCGAAACAUUUGAUCUACAUCACUGGAUGGUCUGUAUAUUGUGAAAUCAGCUUGGUGAGGGACUCAAGGAGGCCAAAGCCUGGAGGAGACAUCCAUCUUGGUGAUCUGCUUAAGAAGAAGGCAAGUGAAGGUGUUAGGGUCUGUAUGCUUGUUUGGGAUGACAGAACCUCUGUUGGUUUACUUAAAAAGGAUGGACUGAUGGCCACUCAUGACGAAGAAACUGAAGCUUACUUCCGUGGUAGUGAUGUGCACUGUGUUCUAUGCCCACGUAAUCCUGAUGAUGGUGGUAGCUUUGUUCAGGAUUUACAAAUUUCUACCAUGUUUACUCACCACCAGAAGAUUGUGGUGGUGGACAGUGAGAUGCCCAAUGGAGAUUCAGAAAGAAGAAGAAUUGUGAGUUUUGUUGGAGGUAUUGAUCUUUGCGAUGGGAGAUACGAUACCCCCUUCCAUUCUCUUUUCAGGACGUUGGACACGGCACACCAUAAUGAUUUCCAUCAGCCAAACUUUACCGGUGCUUCAAUCACAAAAGGUGGUCCAAGGGAACCUUGGCAUGACAUUCACUCCCGUCUUGAGGGUCCUAUUGCUUGGGAUGUGUUAUUUAAUUUUGAGCAGAGAUGGAAAAAGCAGGGUGGGAAGGAUGUACUUGUUCAGCUUAGAGAGCUUGGAGACACCAUAAUUCCGCCAUCUCCUGUUAUGUUCCCAGAUGACCAUGAGACAUGGAAUGUGCAGUUAUUUAGAUCCAUUGAUGGUGGAGCUGCUUUUGGCUUCCCUGAGACACCUGAAGAUGCAGCCAGAGCUGGGCUUAUCAGUGGGAAGGACAAUAUCAUUGACCGAAGCAUUCAGGAUGCUUAUAUCCAUGCUAUUCGACGCGCAAAGAAUUUCAUUUAUAUUGAAAAUCAGUAUUUCCUUGGAAGCUCAUUUGCUUGGAGUGCUGAUGGUAUUAAGCCUGAGGAUAUCAAUGCUUUGCAUUUAAUUCCAAAGGAGCUCUCUCUUAAGAUUGUUAGUAAGAUAGAGGCAGGGGAAAGAUUCACUGUUUAUGUUGUUGUCCCAAUGUGGCCAGAGGGGCUUCCAGAGUCUGCCUCAGUUCUUGCAAUAUUAGAUUGGCAGAGAAGGACGAUGGAGAUGAUGUAUAAAGAUAUUGCUCUGGCUCUCAGAGCUAAGGGCCUUGAGGAGGAUCCCAGGACCUAUUUGACAUUCUUCUGCCUUGGAAACCGUGAGGUGAAGAAGAGCGGAGAAUAUGAAUCUUCAGAAAAGCCAGAGCCUGAUACAGAUUACCUUAGAGCCCAGGAAGCCCGCCGCUUCAUGAUCUAUGUUCAUGCCAAGAUGAUGAUUGUUGAUGAUGAGUACAUUAUUAUUGGAUCUGCCAAUAUCAACCAGCGAUCAAUGGAUGGUGCUAGGGACUCUGAGAUAGCCAUGGGAGCGUACCAACCAUAUCAAUUGUCAUCAAGGGUGCCUGCACGUGGCCAGAUCCAUGGUUUCCGUAUGUCACUGUGGUAUGAGCAUCUUGGUAUGCUUGAUGACUCCUUCCUCCAGCCGGAAAGCCUUGAAUGUAUCUCACAGGUGAACCAGAUUGCUGAGAAAUAUUGGGACCUGUACGCCAGUGAGUCACUGGAGCAUGACCUACCAGGUCACUUACUCCGCUACCCGAUCGCUGUUGACAAUGAAGGGGAGGUCACUGAGCUGCCAGGAACUGAGCACUUUCCAGACACUAAAGCUCGUAUUCUUGGUGAGAAAUCUGAAUAUCUUCCUCCAAUCCUUACUACUUAAAUGGCAUUCUCUACUUGUUACUAAAAAUAAUUUUUCACUUGCCGCUAGUUUUAAACUGCUGUUUUUAGUAGCAUAGCAAUAAAACAUGUAUCAGAACCUGUGAGGUACGGUAUUAUAUUUCUGCCGGGUGUUGAUAUCAGGAUUUGUGGAGACGUGGAAGUGUGUGGUUUUGUUAUUGACUGCUAUAAAUUUGUAAGCUGUUUUGAUUUUAUUCAUUUAUGUGUUACAUGGUCCUAGAUUUUGCUGUUGAUUA